AUCACACAGAAAUUUGCACACGCAGAAUAUAAAGUGAUUGCGCGUGUCGAUCGACCGCUCGUGUUAGCAAAUAAAGUAUAGAGCAGCGCAUCGCUGCCAACGUCCACCGGGAAAACAGUUCUACAAACAUUUUUCUGUAGCUGUUGUAAUAUGAGUCGCCGACGAGUGCAAGAUGGCGAUGUUGAUUAUGAUCAUCGCCGUAACAAACGGCGCCGUGUCUCUGAGAACCAAGAGAUCGAAGAUCGUCUGGAAUCUUUAAUAUUACGUGUGGGCGAGCGCAGUACAUCAUCUGUGGAGUCAAAUCUUGAAGGGCUAGUAUCUGUACUAGAGGCCGACUUAGGUACAUUCCGUUUGAAGAUUUUGCGCAUAUUAUCCGACUGUGCAGUUCUAAUGCCGGAAAAAUGUACCGUUUACACGACUCUUGUGGGUUUGCUUAAUGCAAAAAAUUACAAAUUCGGUGGUGAAUUUGUUGAUCAUAUGGUCAAAACGUUCAAGGAGUCGCUGAAGUUUUGCCGCUGGGAUGCAGCACGCUACUCUUUGCGCUUUCUUGCAGAUCUGGUAAACUGUCAUGUUAUCUCUGCCACCAGCCUGUUGCAGCUUCUUGACACGAUGAUUGACGUAUCCAAUGAGGACACGGUGCCACAAGUGCGGCGCGAUUGGUUUGUGUUUGCCGUGCUAUCGACAUUGCCUUGGGUGGGCCGCGACCUCUACGAAAAAAAGGAGUCUGCUCUCGAAUCACUGCUGUUACGCAUAGAGGUCUACCUUAAUAAGCGUUCUAAGAAACACCACAACGCGCUUCGCGUAUGGUCAUCAGACGCUCCGCACCCACAGGAAGAGUACCUGGACUGUCUAUGGGCGCAAAUACGAAAACUACGUCAAGACAACUGGGCCGAGAAGCACAUACCACGUCCGUACCUGGUCUUCGACUCCAUAUUGUGCGAGGCGCUGCAGCACAACCUACCACAAAUUGUGCCGCCAUCUCACCAUGAUUCCUUCGAAUAUCCUAUGCCUUGGGUGGUUUAUCGAAUGUUCGACUACACGGACUGUCCCGAUGGUCCGAAUUUACCCGGCGCUCACUCUAUCGAACGCUUUUUGAUCGAGGAGCAUCUGCACCACAUCAUCGAGAAGCAUCACCAGGAACGCAAGGACUGCGCUGCGCAACUGCUCAACUUUCCAUUUAAACACAAAAUACCGCUGGAGUACUGCAUCGUGGAAGUGAUUUUUGCCGAGCUCUUUCACAUGCCUACUCCCCGGUUUCUAGACAUUUGUUAUGGCUCCAUCUUGAUCGAACUCUGUAAGCUGCAGCCGGGCACUCUGCCUCAGGUUUUAGCACAGGCCACGGAGAUCCUCUUCAUGCGCAUCGACUCUAUGAACACAUCGUGCUUUGACCGCUUCGUUAACUGGUUCUCUUACCAUUUGAGCAAUUUUAAGUUUACAUGGUCUUGGGACGAGUGGGAUAGUUGCCUGCUGCUCGACGCCGAGCAUCCACGACCCAAAUUUAUACAAGAAGUUCUCCAAAAGUGUCUGCGCCUAUCGUAUCACCAACGCAUCGUUGAUAUGAUGCCUACUACCUAUGCGAGGUUGAUACCAGUGGACCCCCACGCCAACUACAAAUACGCCAGCGAUGAGGCAGCUAACCUGCCAGGCACUACUGUCGCUCAUCAGUUGGUUGUCGCUGUACGUCAGAAGUGUACGCCAGAGGAGGUGGUGAACAUUCUGAAGGAUAUACCCAGCAGUGGGUAUAGCGGAGAGGAGAUGUCGGAUGGCUCCUUCAAUGCGCUUAAGAUCGACGUAUUUGUCCAAACGCUGCUCAACUUAGGCUCGAAGUCAUUCUCGCACAGUUUUGCGGCUAUCUCCAAGUUUCAUGUUGUGUUUCGGGCGUUAGCUGAGACAGAAGAAGCGCAAAUAUGCAUACUGCACAACAUCUUCGAGCUGUGGUCGUCGCAUCAGCAGAUGAUGGUGGUGCUUAUUGACAAGCUGCUAAAGCUUCAGAUCGUCGACUGCUCGGCAGUGGCCACAUGGAUAUUCUCCAAGGAAAUGACUGGCGAGUUCACCAAAAUGUAUUUGUGGGAAAUCCUUCACCUGACAAUCAAAAAGAUGAACAAACAUGUCAUUAAGCUGACCACUGAACUUAAUGAUGCCAAGUAUAAAUUGUCCAAGGCGGAUUCAUCGUCAAGCGAAUCGGAUGAGGACACCCCACACAAACGGAAGAAGCCCAUUACGCACGCAGAUAAGCCGUCCGAGGAGGUGGUGGAGCGCAUGGAGGAGAAGCUCGAGGCAGCAAAUGUGAACCAAAAACGCCUGUUCCUAAUCGUCUUCCAGCGCUUCAUUAUGAUACUCUCCGAGCAUUUGCUGCGCUCGGACACAGAUGGUCGCGAUCCGGACACAGACUGGUAUCGUUGGACCAUAGGACGGUUGCAGCAAGUGUUCCUUAUGCACCACGAACAAGUGCAGAAAUACAGUAGCACGCUGGAAACCCUGCUUUUCACAUCCGAUCUGGACUCACACAUACUGGAGGUGUUCCAGCAGUUUGUCGCGCUUCGCGCCUAGAAAAAGUUGCUAACGGAGCACUGGGAUCACGUCAUGUGUGUGCUGUAUAUUACCUGUCUUUAUGGUUUUGGUUUUGUAAUUUUAUACAAUAAAUUGAUAUUUAUAAUUCGAUUCGGCAAAGGUGAAAAUUCCUUCGCCUGCAAAGAGGAGCCUCACUUGAUUAAAAUCAA